CUGGUCUCUGCCCAUGGCUGCCCCUGGGACCCUGAGCUGAGCCCGGAGGCCCGGCGUCUGGGGCCGUGCCAGUCCGGAGGGUUAAGCCGGGCGCCUGCUCUGGCGACAUGCAGCGGCGGAGGCUGCGCCUACGCAGGGACGCGGGGCUGACAGUGUUUCUCGGCGUCGCCCUCGGCCUCCUGCUCUACGUGCAGCAUGAAGGCGAGGCCCCGACCACGAGUGCGCCGCGAGCGCGGGGCAAGGAGGCUCGGAGACCGAGUCUGGUGACCCGCGCAUUCCAAACACCGGUCUCACAUGCAGGCCCCCUGGCCUAUGAGGGGGACACACCGGCGCCUCCCACGCCCACGGGGCCCUUCGACUUCGGCCACUACCUGCGUGCCAAGGACCAGCGGCGCUUCCCACUGCUCAUUAACCAGCCGCACAAGUGCGUUGGCGAUGGCUCCCCCGACCUGCUCAUCGCUGUCAAGUCCGUGGUGGCCGACUUUGAGAGGCGCCAAGCAGUGCGACAAACGUGGGGUGCCGAGGGCCGGGUGCAGGGGGCGCUCGUGCGCCGCGUGUUCCUGCUGGGUGUGCCCAGGGGUGGGGGCAGCGACGGGGCAGCCCCGCCGGCGCACUGGCGUGCCCUGCUGCGCGCUGAGAGCCAGGCCUAUGCGGACAUCCUUCUCUGGGCCUUUGAGGACACUUUCUUCAACCUAACGCUUAAGGAAAUCCAUUUCCUGACCUGGGCCUCGGCCUUCUGCCCCAACACACGCUUCGUUUUUAAGGGCGAUGCUGAUGUGUUCGUGCAUGUGGGAAACCUACUGGAAUUCCUGGCGCUGAGAGACCCGGCACAGGACCUGCUUGCAGGCGAUGUGAUUUUGCAGGCCCGGCCCAUCCGAGAGCGAGACAGCAAGUACUACAUCCCCGAGGGCGUGUACGGCCUCUCAGUUUACCCAGCCUAUGCCGGUGGCGGCGGCUUUGUCCUCUCAGGGGCCACGCUGCACCGCCUGGCCGGUGCUUGUGCCCAGGUAGAGCUCUUCCCCAUUGACGACGUCUUCCUGGGCAUGUGUCUUCAGCGCCUGCAGCUCACGCCUGAGCCUCACCCCGCUUUCCGCACUUUUGGCAUUGCCCGGCCCUCGGCGGCGCCACACCUGCGCACCUUUGACCCCUGCUUUUACCGAGAGCUGGUCGUGGUGCACGGGCUCUCUGCUGCUGACAUCUGGCUCAUGUGGCGUCUGUUGCAAGGGCCACGUGGGCUGGCCUGUGGGCACCGACGACCUGCGGCCCCUGGGCCCUUCCAGUGGGCUCCCUAGCCACCAUCAGUGUUGGUGAAGACUGGUUCUGGCCCCGGGACCAGCCGGUCAGAUAGAUCAGUGGGCUAUGGCUCCUACCAGGAACGGAGAUGGAAUCCGAAGGUUUCUGGGUCACCCUUUGAGUCAGUGGCAAGGUGGCGGAUAGGUUGUCUAUCCUAGUAAGUCCCUGCGUGUACUGGGGGCAGGGGCUCCAACUACUGGCUUUGGAAGCAGCACUGGAAUGGGUGGGCCCAGGUGAGGUCUCAGGCCCUGGCCUCAGCCCUCAGGCACCUGCCAUAACUUACCCUUAAGAUAAGAACCCCCUUCAGUCUCCUGCUGAAGGCUUUGGAGGCAAGGACCCUAAAUGAUCCCCAUUGUUCAGGUCCCUCCCCUCAGCAAACCAACUGAAGACCACCAUACAUUUCCGUAACAAACACCCCAGCAACAGCACGUGGGGGUGGGGCAGAUGCUGAGGGCACAGGUGCUUUAUUCAAGGGGGAAAGGACAGGACAGGGGGCAGGCUGAUGGGACAGUCCU